AUGGUUUCGAAUUUUGCUGAUAUGAAGAACUAUGACAUGUUGACUAAUCAUGCACGAUACAAUCGCCGUAAACUUGACUCACUGAUUCCAAAUGCAACCUACAUUACAAUAUUACGCCACCCAGUGCAACAGUUUGAAUCAGCAUUUGGAUAUUUUCAAUGGGGUAGGUUCAUUCCGGCAAAGGACCCAAUCUCUGAAUUCUUACGCAACCCGGAAAAAUUCACCAAUAAAAUUCCUACAAAUACUCGAAAUGGACAGCUGUUUGACCUUGGCCUGAGCGCAACAAAGACACUAGAUGCCGAGAUAGUGAACGAGACAUUACAAACCUUGCACAAAGAAAUAGAUGUUGUACUUAUCACUGAAUAUUUUGACGAGUCUUUAUUAAUAUUACGAGAUCUACUAUGUUGGUCUGUAAAUGAUAUAUUGUACAUAUCCAAUGGAAUACGGAGCGACAAUCGACGUAGCAAUCUGACAUCAACUGAUAAGGAUAAAAUACUAGAGUGGAAUAAGUCAGAUUUAAAGCUUUAUCUGUAUUUUAGGAAAGUAUUGUUCAACGAAAUACGUCAUUACGGUCCGUGUUUUAAAUAUCAUCUUCAGGAAUUCCGUAAACUCCAAAACGAAACACUUGAGAAGUGCAUUGAAAUGGGACAAUUCAAAUACAUUGAAGGAAAGGAAUUCCGACAUGUACUGAAGGAGAAUGCUACGGAGUUUUGCAAAGAUCUUUGGAAGGGUGAUGUAACAUUCACUAAAUUAAACAGGAUGCAACUUUGA